AUGGAGCCCUUCCCCGUAGAGACCACUCUUGCCGUUGAUCCUAUUCUUUAUAAAAGGGACGAGCAGUUUCUGUCUCAAUUUAAACCACGAAUAUACAAGGAUCCCAAAACCUGCGAUGAUGCUUGUAUUCAGGCCCAACUCGACCUUCUGGGGGCAGAGCAUCAAGGCGAGGUCAUUAAAUCUCUUCACUUGACCGUAGGCUGCCUGCCCGCGCUCGCAUUUUCGUUUUGCAAGCCGGAUCGCAUGCCUCUAUUAUCCUACCUCGUGGAGGUCAGCCUCCUACAGGACGAUCUUGGGAACUUGGAUCCAACAGAGAACUGGAAGGUUGCCGAUGCUAGGAUCCAAACGCGCCAUAACACCCAGUACGAGACCAUCUCCGAGUAUAUGAGGGAUCGAUCUGAAGAUUUCGGUUGGAAGUUCGUCACAGCUCUGGUGCAGUUCGCAACACAAAUCGAAUUGACUAGCGAGGAGGAUGCCACGCUCGCCCCUAUUCACUCCACUCUCUGCGCUGCGUUAAGUCUCUACAAUGACUACUAUUCCUGGGAGAAGGAGUAUGAAGCCUUCACCCGGUCCAACGGACAAGUUGCCUGCCUGAACGGAGUAUAUGUCUACAUGAACUCGGAAGCAAUUUCGGCGAAAGCGGCUCUACAGGCCACAGCGAAGAAGGCGAUAGAACUAGAGAAUGAGUAUCGCGGCUUGCGGGACACCUUGGGGAGCUGUUCCCCGUCUGUUGUUUGUUGGCUUGAUGCACUAGAAGCUCUCACAGCCGGGACGAUGCUCUGGAGCAUCUCCUGUCCACGGUAUCUUGGUUUCGACGGUGAGGGGAACCUUUAUCGGUCAUACUACAAAGAUAGAUUAGAAGCCGGCGUUCGGUUCUCUGACGAUGACGCUGGGUCGGCUUCUGCAGUUUCGACGGAUCACUUAGGAGAUUCCUUGGGAGGAUUCGGGGAUUCUUCAUCUUAA